AUGAAAUAUUCAAAAUUCGUUUUGACGUUAGCUGCUUCAGCUGCUAUUUCAGCUGCUCCUUUAGCGAUUAGGGAUGAUGCUGCACCAAGUAAUGACCGAGUUAGUUUUCUUGCUACUUCAACGACCAUUGCUACUGACACUGCUGCUGAUAGUACUACCGACGUUACUACUGGGGCGGCUAUUGACGCUGCCACUGACGAUUUUUCAUUUAUCACUGAGGUCCCCACCGACGAUGAUCCACUGACCCUUGACCCCGACUUUUGGAAAAGCAAUGUUAUUGCUUAUCCGAUUUAUACUGGUACAAUUGUCAGCACAUUCGACCCAUGGGCUCCAACUUUCACUGACUCUCAUACAACAUUUUACAUCAUCCGAAGUCCUUAUGGGUUUGUGGGUGACAGGGUGUUUCGUUCUGGUACCAAAAGAGAUAGUGGAAUUGAAAAUAAAGAGGAGGAAAAAGAUGUCGAGGCUAUCCCUACUGAUGUGGCUUCCGCAACCACUGCUUCUGAUAGUUCUGGUGUUGAAACAACCACUGUGGAUGGAGAUGACCCACUGAUCCUUGACCCGAAUUUUUGGGAAAGUCAUUAUGUUGGUUAUCCGCUUUUCACAGGCACAGUUGCCACCACAUUUAACCCAUGGGGUCAGACUUUUACUGACUUCAAUAAGCCAUAUUACAUCAGUUUCCCAGAAUAUCGAAAGGGCACUAUAAAGAUUCGUGGGAAUGACAAAAGGGACAACGAUAAUGCCAAGAAUUACGAAGAAGAACAAGGAUUUGUUGAAGCUUUCACUACCGGUGAAGCGACCCCAACUACUACUAUUGUUACUAGUUCUAUCACUGAAGUGCCGGCUGAAGCAGAGCAGAGUGAUGACUUACUGACCCUGGACCCAAACUUUUGGAGUAGUCAUUAUGCUGGUUUUCCUAUUGACAAAGAUGGACAUACAUUGUCAGUUGCCACUACUUUCAAUCCAGAUGAUGGAACUUGGCCUGAUUGGGACCAAGAAUUCUACAUUACUCGUGCUCCUGAUGGUUGGCUGGGAGAUACUUAUUUUGCUCAGAAAAACAAGAGAGAUGCAGGUGUUGAGCAUGUUGAAGCUGUCACCACCGUUUUGAUUUAG